ACUCAAUUGGGCAAAUUGCCAUUGGGUUGAAACAUUUGGAACUAACUCAAUGUUUUAAAAAAUUUAUUUAGUUUUGAAGUGAUUAAGGUUAAACGUUCAUGCUCACGUUUUCUGAACGAUCAUUCUUUGGACCAGAUGCGAUCUUUAUAUCCAAUGUACUUCCAUGUUUUUUUAGGUUAUGCCGAUCCCACUCCGUCGCAUGCUCACGCAGCCACCCAACUCACUCAAACCACUUUCCAUAUGCAUUUGAGCUCACUUGAGCAGGCGCACGCUGACCCAUCUACCCCCAACACAGCGCAUUUAGCUCGAGAAUUUUUGCGUUCUUUUCUUCGUGUUGAGUGCAUUUGCAAUGGCUGUCUGCCGGAGAAUGUGCGCUUGUGGAAGUGAGAACUUUUUUACCAAAACCACCAGCGGCUGGUAAAAAGUGCACAAGCUUAGAAAUUUUGCGAUUUUAGUUUGUUUAGUGAAACGCGCGCGAAUCGGACGACGAACGCGAACGGUACACGGUGUACGGUGACUGUAACGGGUCUUAAUUUCACAAAGCGUAUGCUUCGAAAAUAUUUAAUUAUUGCGUUGACGGUUCCUAUAUGCAAUGCCAUGCAUACGUGUGCAGCUGAACGCUGAGAGCGAAACGCAAAUCUGUGGCGAUCGAAAAAGUAGCUGGAAAUGAUUGUCAUUAGAUUACUAAUGCAAACGAUCGUUUCGAAAGUGUUGUGAGCAAAAUGCGAAAUUAAAGAAAUAUUUUUGAGAGUUUUGUGUUACAGUUUUUCGUUGGUUGGCAUUUUUAUAAAAAAAAAAAAAUUUUUGUAAAAAAAAAAAAUAUUUUAUUAAAAAAAAUUUUAAAUAUUGAAAGUGAAAUGAAAGUGCAGUGCUGAAAUAUUAAGAAUUAAAUAUUUUCAAGGCCUUUAAGCUUUUAUAAAAAAAUAUAUAUGCAUUUAAUUAUAGUAAUUGCAUCGAUUUUUCAAUUACUGCAACCGUAUGCCAAUCUAAUUUACGGAAUCACAAGCCGCUAGCGCGCUGUGUAAGCUUAAAAGUAAAAGCUGUAAGCUUCGUAACGCCGCACAGCCUUCGUCAAGUGCAACAGUUCAAGUGCAACACGACGCAGUUCAGCCGAAGAAGUGCAAAUAGUGGCAGAAAAGGUGCUGCCAGCAGCGAUUACAUGGAAUAAUAUGUGUUUGAAAAUGUUCUACAACAACAAAGCAUUAUUUUAAUAUAAGAAAAUUCGUCUGUGCCAAGCAGCUGUGUGUAUGCUGAGGAAAAUGUUUGCAACAAAUGAUUUUGAACUCUUCUUCAAAGUGGAUAUUACUUAAAUAAAAUAAUUACGAUUUGAGAAAAAAAUUUUACAAAAUGCCAUAAGGAAAUCUUGUGUUUAAAAAUUGCAAAAGCAAGCUUAAAAUAAAAAAUAAAUAAUUAUAUAAAUAAAGAGUGAUACUGUGUAUCUACAACAGUGUAAAACAAAUUUUCAUAAUUUAUAUUUUAUUGAAACGAAGAAAACCAGCGAUUAGUGCAUUGAAAAAAUCUGCCAGGCAAUUUUUUUUUUCUGGUGACAGUGGAAAAUUUUCGCUUGUAAAACAACUUCGUGUUUUGCGUUCGUCAUUGACGCAACGCCAUUCGUUUGCAGCCAUAUUGAAAAUUGGAUUAUCUAACGCAUUUCAAAAUGGAGGACGAGAGUGACGACAAGGACGACACAAAAAGAAAAUCUCGAAAUCUCAGCGAAAAGAAGAGGCGAGAUCAAUUUAAUACGCUGGUGAAUGAUUUGAGCGCGUUGAUAUCGACAUCAAAUCGAAAAAUGGAUAAAUCGACAGUGCUCAAAUCGACAAUAGCAUUUCUGAAACAUCACAACGAGGCCACCGAUCGUUCGAAAGUUUUCGAAAUACAGCAAGACUGGAAACCAACAUUUCUUACCAACGACGAGUUUACACAUCUCAUGUUAGAAUCCUUGGAUGGCUUCAUAAUAGUGUUUAGCGGUAUUGGUUCCAUAUGUUAUGCCUCCGAAAGUAUUACACCACUACUUGGUUACCUGCCGAGCGACCUAGUGAAUAUGACUAUUUUCGAUUUGACCUACGAAAUGGAUCAUGAAAGCCUAUUAAAUAUAUUUCUAAAUCCCAAACCAGUGAUCGAGCCACUACAGACUGAUAUCAACUCAAGUAAUCAAAUUACAUUCUAUUUGCAUUUACGGCGUGGCGGUAUCGACAAAGUGGAUGCCAAUGCGUACGAGUUAGUUAAAUUUGUAGGUUAUUUUCGAAAUGAUGUGAAUCUUGAUAGCAUACAAUCACAGAACACGCUUGCCUUGCCACGUAUCUUCCAAAUGAAUCCCAGUGCAGAGGUGGACAAGAAGUUGAUUUUCGUUGGCACUGGACGCAUACAGACGCCGCAGCUGAUACGCGAGAUGUCCGCCAUAGAUCCGACAUGUAACGAGUUCACCUCGAAGCAUAGCAUGGAAUGGAAGUUCCUAUUUCUGGAUCAUCGUGCGCCGCCGAUCAUCGGUUAUAUGCCUUUUGAAGUGCUCGGCACUUCUGGUUAUGAUUAUUACCAUUUCGAUGAUCUGGAUAGCAUUGUUGCGUGUCAUGAGGAGUUGAUGCAGAAAGGCGAAUGCAAGUCGUGCUAUUAUCGUUUCCUCACGAAAGGACAGCAAUGGAUCUGGCUGCAGACAGAAUUCUACGUGUCCUACCACCAAUUCAGCUCGAAACCCGACUACGUUGUGUGUACGCACAAAGUUGUCAGCUACGCAGAUGUGAUACGCCAAAGUAAGGCGGGCAAUAAGUUGGAUAAAACUCCUUCGAUCAACAAUAGCACUAGCAAGUCAUCCACAAUGACAUUGAGAGAUAUUGAAAAUACCAGUCAAAGUCUGGAUCCCUCUACGCUUUCGGCGAGCGAUAGCGGCAAUGUGAUAAUGGGCAUAUUGAAUGAAGCCUCGCCUAGGCUGGACACUUCACCGAUUUGGCCGAAUGCUUCCUCAGCCACUGGCAUAACGUCAACAACGUUUAAGACAUCCCGACCCGCUUCGAGCUAUGGCAAUAUUAGCUCUACUGGAAUCUCACCGACAGCUAAACGAAAACGUUAUUUCCCACACAGGCCGGGCAACGAAUCGGAUUCGACGUCUAUGUCUGCGGACUCGGUUACGAGCAAACAAUCGCUUAUGACACAUUUGAGUUCGAGUCGCCAACGUCACGGCCACAGUUCGGGUAUGCAAAUGCCACAGAGUACAACGCAUAUGCAACAGCUUAAUGCCGCCAACCAACACGGGCUGCACAAUCACCACCAGUCGCAGCAGAACACGCCGUUGCAGAUGAACCAAAUGCAGAACCAACAAAAGAUCCUACCGAUGCUACCGCAACACACCAUGGCGCAGGCGCAAAUGGUGGCCAACAAUCCAUGUCAAUUCACGCAGCCCUCCUUUCCGAUACGCAGCUCGCAAAUCGUUGGUCCCACAUUCCUGGAGCCGUCGCAAUAUCUUGCCGCCAUACCGGUGCAGCCGGUGAUCGCGCAAUUUCCGGUCGCGCCGGUGCUCUCACCGCUGCCAGUGAAUAUGAGUGCGGCGCCACCUUGGAAAGCGGCCACACAACCGACGAACGGUACAUUCGAUCCGCUGCAAAGCCAAACAGAUAUGCUGUCCGGCGCGGUGGUGAUGACAUCGACCCAGACACAGCUGCAGGAUCAGCUGCAACGCAAGCACGACGAACUGCAAAAGCUGAUAAUGCAACAGCAGGACGAAUUGCGCAUGGUCUCCGAGCAGCUGUUGCUGGCGCGCUACACGCUACUGCAGCCGAUGAUGCCCAUGAACUAUAAUACGCCCCCGAAUAGUGCUCGUGGCAAUUACAACUUCAGCAGCGCGAAUACGAUGGAGCAGCAAUUCAAUCAAUUUGGCUUUACCAUGAACACCAAUGAGCAGCUGGUGGAUCAGACGGCGCAGCAAAUGAUGUUGCAACAACAACAACAACAGCAGCAGCAACAACACGCGCAGUCGCAACAGCAACAUAAUAUGCAACAGCAGCAGCAGCCGACGCAGCAUAUGCAAACACAACAACAACAACUGCAUACUCAUAAUCAUCAGCAACAGCAGCAACAACAAACAGCGCAACAAAGCAAUCACCAUCAACAGCAGCAUCAUCAUCAUCAGAAUCCGCAACAAAAUCAGUCGCAGCUGCAACACCUGCAGGCGCUGCAACAACAACAGCAGCCACAACAACAACCACAGCAGCAGUCGCAGGAACAAGCGCAGCAGCAGCAACAACAACAACAGCAGCAACAGCAAUUGAAUCUUCUCUCACGCAGUGUACCUGAUCUGGCGCAAUUCGGUCACGAAGACAUCGACGCCUUCUUCAAUCUCUCGCCGCUGCAAACCAUGGGCAGCUCACAGUCGAAUCAUAAUCCGCGGAACAACAACAACAAUAAUGCGGUGAGCUCCAGCAACGGCCAACAACAACAGAGCGGUAUGAAUCAGAAUUUCCUCAACAACACCAGCGCACCACAAGCGACCAAUGAGGAUUCGCUACUCACCUACAUGCAAAUGGCCACCGAGUCCAGUUCGACGCUCAACUUUCCGAUGGGCAUUAGCGAAGAUGGUUCCGAAUCGCAGAGUGAUCGCAUCGAUGGUAAAUUGAUUGGCAGCAAUCAAGUAAUGCAACCACAGCAGCAGCAACAACAUCAGGUGUUAACACAUCAACAGCAACAACAACAGCAACAGCAGCAGCAACAGCAGCAGCAACAACAACAACGUAACAAUAACUUCUUUCCGAACAAUCCAUUCGAAGCGCUCGGCAAUCAGGCGAACACAAAUCAAUUACCUAACGAUCUGGAAAUACUGCCCUAUCAGAUGUCGCAGGAGCAGUCACAGAACCUCUUCAACUCACCGCAAUCCUCGAGAAAUAGUCAAUAGCCUUAAGUCGCAAUUCGAAUUAGUUUAAUCAUAAGCUUUUAAUUAGUUUUAUUUGUAUGUAUGUAUGUGUGUAAAUAUGUAUAUGUAUUUGUAUGCGUUCGUCGAGUUUAUGGUAGGCGUAGUGAGUAAGUACAAACCCUGCAGGAAAGUCCACGAUUGUAGUCUGGUUGCCUUUUGAUUAUUCUAUGUGUUCCACGCCUCCCAUAUUCCAAUCUAAGGGAAAUUGGACAACUAGAAUAGAAGAUGCUUAGAAAUGUUGCAAUUUGACUUUCCUUAAACCAACCAACCAACUAUUCUAUAUGUUGCCCUGGAAGAUAACAGAUCUUCAAUUUUUCCUAUAGCUACUUUUAUGUCCAUAUACUUUUGACAGUCGGUUCGACCCAUAAUAAUCGGACUAAAUUACUUUUGAUCAUUUCUCAAUCAUCAUAAUCGCCCCUAGCUUCUCAUAUAACUUAAAAAAAUAAACAUUACGACCAACCCGAAAUCUGCUUUGCAUCCUUAUGUUAUGGUGUAGAAAUGUUCGUAUUGGGAGUACAUACUACCAAGCCUGAUUUUCAUACAACAUCAUUUUAGUCGAAAGCUAUUUUCACAGAUCGAAAUCGAACGAAAUCUUUUGUAGAACUCAUAUACCGAAAAAGGUAAUUGCUAUUCUAUACAGAAGUAUAUAUUUAGCCAAUCUCGAAAUUAGAGGAAACCGCUAUAGGUCUUUCCUAGUUACCACUUCAGUAUAAUGACUAUAAUAUAAUAUAGAUGGACAUGUUUCCUUCAAAAUAUUGUAGUUCAAGAUCAACUAUGAAUUAAAUCGGUUGAGAUCUUGCUCCAGACCUUUAACACCAAUUAUAUCGAAUUCUGGUCUGUUUAAUUCAAUGACCCUCUCUGAUUUAUUCAAUGGUUGGUAAGACGAUAUGAGAUAUGGUAUGGCUCAAUACCAAAAUAUAGAUUAUAUUUGCUAAUUCGAACUUCUAUCGUUCAUAUAUCCAUAUUGAUCAUAUAGAUCACAUCAAGAUAUCUUCGUAAAAUUUAUUGCUAUUUUUUGCUGUGGUAAAAUUGAUAUUUUACGGUAUAGAUAUAGAACAUUAAUCAUUGAGUUGUUUUUAAAAUGCAGAUUUCUGAUACAAAAUGAGCGAAUACAUUAAAUUUUUAAAAUUAAAAAAAAAAAUAUGCAAAAAUCAGGACAAGAUUUUUUCGAUUUUAUCUACCAACGAAUACCGAAUUCCUCCUGGAAAUCUUUCACACUAUCAAUCCUUACAAAUUGUAAGAGUUCAGUAUAUGGUGUUCGGCUGCAACUGAACAUCGCUGUUUUAAGUUAUGGUUCAACCAUUUUAUGCUGGUCUAUGUGGUUCUCGACUGCAGGUUCGUAGAGGCUAAAUUGUUAGAGCAUGUCAUAUGGAUGCUUGUUUGUUUGAGAAUGUGUUUUAUAUUUUUGUAGACUUAGUAAAAGAUAUAUUAUUUUAGUAAAUAUGUAAAAGAUUAAUUGGAACUAAAUUUCCUUAAAGGAAAGUGUUUUUUUUUAAUUCAUUGAAACACUUUCGUGUGUGAUCUGCUUGCCAAAAUUUGAAUUGAUACGGUCUUGUGAAAUAAAAAAAAAUUAAUUAUAUUUAAGUAAAUAUAAAAAUAUGUUUUUUUUUUAAAUAAAUUUAUUUAUAAGUAGGUUCAUAUAAUAAUUUAAACUUAUAAGGCAGCUCUUUAUUAUUGUUUUUUGUUGGAUUGUGUGAUAGCAAAUUAUGGCAAAGAGUAAACUGUAUUUAAUAUAACCAUUAUUGAAAAUGUUUUUAGUUUUUUUUUUGUUCGUAUGUUUUCCAUAAAAUAUUUUAUGUAGAUCCAUAGUGAAAACUCAAGCUUCAAAACUCCAGCAACGCACUUAUAUUUAAAGUAGAGCUUACUUACUGAUGUUUAACAUACAUAUCUGUUUGAUUAAUUUAAAAAGUUUUCAAAUUUCUUUCAAAAAAUAACAGAUUUAUUUAUACAAAUAUAUUUUUUUAAAUGCUUUUUUAAAAGAGUAUAUUGUUUUUGAAAAAUUUUGUUCGGAAUGAACUGAAUAUGCGUUUACAAGUUUCAUCAAAUCCUCUAAAUAAAUCAGUGCAGCAAAAUAUAAGUAUUGUUGAGGUACAUCGAAGAAUUAUUUUCAAGUUUUAGGAAAAUUGCCAAGUAAAAUUCUUUUCUAUCCCGCUAUUGCGAGUGUUCAGUAGAUUAGACUCCAGCCGAUUGAGUAGAUUAUAUUAUAAUUUGCUAUUGUGUAACUUGAUCGACAACAUUGAAAAAUUUCCAAUGAUUGAAAAAUAUCUGUCGACAAAUAAGCGAUUGAAAAUCAUUCACAGUCGUUGGUUGAGCGAUAUAGGGAUGUAUAUAAGAGACACUUGACUUUAUAAUAAAAGUCGCAAAAUUAUACUUAUCGAUUCUUUUAGACCUUAAAAGCUUUGAUAGUUAAGUGGAACAAACUACUCGUAUUUAGUCGGACUCUAAAUUAAACAAUUCAAAAUGCAUACUUUACAAGAGUUUGACCGAGAUCUGAUUCCGACUGUUUAGUCACUGAAGACAUUUAUUUUGUCUCUUUGUUAAUUUGAUUCAGAUAUUGGUCUUCUUGACACAAAAUUCAUUUCACUAAGCCACCGUUCUCGACAUUGUUUUGUCGAAGGAACAACUUUAGAAAUUAGUUUUUUUGUGACCUUGAGAGCAUUCUACAAACUUAUUAUGCAUUUUCAUUGUUUGAUUUCUGUACUGUAAGGAUCACUUUUGAAAUACUUUAUUGAAUCUGAGAAUAAUCCACAACGUUUCUGCACUUUAAAAUAUAGAAUACGGAUUUUUUU